AUGUUGUUUGGUGGCUUUUUGUUGGCAGGGAUGGGAAAACUGACCAGGACUGAGAGCAAGAUGGACAGAGCCAAGUACAGGACAAUUCAAGUGGAAAACAUGUUCCUGUCUGUUAGAUACUGGAUUUGUGCGGUAAGUUUCAAAUAAAAUGUCAUUUGUCUAAAUUUUGCUGAAUCAGCGAUAAGUCAAAAUUUUAUAACUUCAAAAAGCUAUACGGAUGAAUCACAAAACAAAGGAAACAGGAACUGUACGAGCGAUAUCAUUUGUUUUGUAAUUUAGAGAUCUAUCCAUGGAACCAAAAAAAGAGAUGAUUGGUGGGGAUUUAAUAUUUACUUAAUAUAUAGAAUGGCAGUAUAUAAAUGCAGAUACUUUAAAGCUCCUCUUUUUUCCCUUUAUUGAUUAUUUCUUCUUACCUUCAUCUGUGAGACAAAUUGCAUGAAAAUACGCAUAUGUGUAUUCUGUAAAAUCUAUAUAUAAUAUUUAUAUCUUGCAGUACACUGAUUGGCUAAUUUUCAUGCCCUUUUGGUUCAUCCAAUUUGCUUUUCCAAAAACAAUUUCAGGGAGGAAAUUCAUGUGAGCCUAAAUGCUGCAGAAAAAAAAAAAAUUUCACCCAGUUCAAUAAUUUUCAAGGUAAAACAAUUGUAUUUUGCCUUGCGCAAAUCUGCUAAACACCUGAGACUGUGGUAGAAGUUCAACUUCCAUCCUGAUAAUGACUCUAUACACAGACAAAGCUCCAGGAAAGCAGUUUAAAACCAAGAACCUGAAUGUCUUAGAUUGACCUAGUCAAAGCCCAGAACGGACAACUGACAUUCUGGAAAAAUUGCUUGAAAUUCGCUGUUAACCAGAAGUCCCCAUUCAACCUGACAGACCACGAGGAAGACUGGGGACGUUUUGAGCAAAGCAACACAGAGCCAAGGAACACGAUCAGUGAGGUAUUCUCUAUCAUUUGAGCUGUCUUUAAUUAUUGGGUAUAAGCUGAUUUGGGUGGCAGCUUUGUAGCUUAAUGCUGCACUUACCUUACACCUCAAUACAUAGUAAUUCAUUGAUUGGGGCGUCUCAGUGACUAUAUUGCCCUCAGGCCUUAUAUGUACUUUCUCAGACUCUUUGUAACGGAGAUAAUCGCAGAAACAUCCUUAAUGAGCAUAGUAAUAUCAAGCAAUAUUCCUGCAGAAAUAUGUACAAGAAACAAAUUAUCUUAAUUGCAAUGAAAAAAUAACACGUACCAUUAUAGUAUCUAGUAGAAUAAUUUAUUAAAAUUGUAUUUUCAAAUAUUUACCCAAUGAAAAGCAAUAAUCCAAAAUCAAAUGAGAAAAAUAAUGCCAGUAAUUAAUGAACAGUGCUAAAAAUAAUGUAUCCGAUAGGAAAUGUCUCCAGUAAUAUUAAUAGCAUCCUGACUUCAGCGGAAUUGAUAACAUGACUGUUAGUAGGAACACACGUUAUUUACGCUCCAAAAAUAUCACACAGUACAAGGCCAGUGAUAAUAGUAACCUUUACCUGUAUACAUUAAACAUUUUCGACCUGCGUGUUGAAAUUAGGUGAAAGGGAAAUGGUUAUUUCAGGUGAAUGUACGAGAGGCAGAAUAUUCUCCCCAAGAAUACUCGCCUUACAAUUUUCUCCACCAUAAAGCUGCUUCUGAUUUGAUUUUUUUUUUUUGCUUCUAUGAGAAAUAUUGGAUUGGACGAUAUAAAUUAGAUAAAAUAGAUAAAACUAGUAAAAAAGCGAAGACAGCUCAGUUUAUUUUUUAAUAUAACGUGAUGGUGCAAGAAUCUCAGAGAAACCUUGAGUUUAAAGUAGUUGAAUGGAUAUUAAAGCCAGUGUUUUUUAGUGGUUAUGGUGCCAGCAGUGCCAUCACCAACCCCAACGUAAGAAGUCAAACCACAUCACACCUAAUCUCUACCAGAAAGCCUCUUCAUCGAACAAAGCAGGGCUUAGCUCAUUGGUUGAGAGCAAUCGGCUGAAACUCUCAGCUAAUGAGCUGGAACCUUCACUGCUGGGCUUAGAUGAGGAAAGCUAACUGAAUUGACUAAGCAGAAACUUUCAACUUCACUUCCAUAGAGAGCUUGUGUCUGGUGUCACCCAGCAGACUCCAGGUAAGAAGUCUAACUAUACUUAAACAAUUUUACUAAUUACAUUGGGGGAGCACCAGGGAACUACAGGCCCCAUAACAACUAAAGGAUCAUUGAAGUGAUUAUUGAACUUGGAGUGCUCCUUUAACAGGAAUAUUAUAUAUAAUGUUUAGCUUGGAGCCAGGGAAGUACAAAUGAAUGGUGUUUUUUGCAGGUGGGUGCUUUCUGCAUCUCAUUGCUACAAGCUGUUUGGAUGUUUUAUCUGCACCAGAUAAACAAUUACUUUUUAUGUAAGAUACACCAAGGCUGUUUUGACACCAGCAGGCAGAUUCUAUGCCUGUUGUAGCUAUAUAUGUGAAAAUAUAGAUGUGAUACAGACUUCCAAAACAGCUGGAAUGACAAUAACUUGUCUAUGGAAUUAGAAUUGAUGUAUGUUUCUCCUACCUUCCCUCUGGCAGGAACAAUCAGGUCAGAGUGGGUGAGCACAACAUCGCUGUGAGAGAGGGCACUGAGCAGUUCAUUAACUUUGCCAAGGUGAUCAAACACAGCAACUACAAUCAUUUUACCUUUGAUAAUGACAUCAUGCUUAUCAAGCUUGACUCUCCUACCCCCAUGAAUACCUACGUGAAUCUGUGUCUCUGGCUGUCCCACUGUUGGUACCAGCUGUAUAAGCGCUGGCUUGGGAAACACACUUAG